AUGGAGGGCAGAGCAAAUCCGAUGGAGAUGCCACACCCUGCGCACGAGCCACUGCUGACCUAUAAGACCUAUGACUCAGAACUAGACCUAGAGACACAAACUGACACCUCAAACUUUUUCACUGACGGUAGUAAAUUUGAUGAAGGCGUCGGUGCCGCGGUCGUUAUCUUUAAAGAAAAGGUUCAAAAGAAAUUCGUAAAAAUUAAAUUAGCAUCCUACUGUACUGUCUUCCAGGCUGAGAUGGUGGCGCUGCACAGAGCGUUUGAGCUGAUGGAAAGGGAAAAAAGCCCGAAUAUAAACGUCUGUAGCGACUCCAGAUCAGCACUGGACGACAUCACAAGCGGCCGCUCUCUUAAUCCUCUCGCUGUCCAAAUAAGACGGAAAAUCUCUAAAAUGCGUGAACAUAAAACAAUUACCUUAUUCUGGAUCAAGGCCCACGCUGGACACGAGGGGAAUGAGAGGGCGGACCUGCUGGCGAAGGAGGCCGCCCAAAACAAUAAAAAGAAACCAGACUAUGACCUUUGCCCAAUUUCUACUAUAAAAAGACUUAUAAGGACGGAAUCGGCGCAGCGUUGGGAGGAAGAUUAUCAAAACGGAGAGACGGCGUCCAUCAACUAA